CGGAAGAACAAGUUGGACGCUUUUCCUUCCUCUCUUCGAUGAGUGCGUAAGGGAGGGGAGGGGGUUCAGCGAGCGGUAAUAUUGCUCGGGAAGCCGCAGGAAGCUGGGAAAGUGGAGCCCGUGUCUGAAAGUCCCUGGAGUUUGCUAGAAUGGUAUGCAUUUGUAAACAAAGUAGGAGGAGCCCCAGGAGAGACAUUGGCUUUUUACAUCCACCAUGAUCCUGGAUGGAACCAUUUGGGUCUGCAUCACCUUCUGCCUUGGAGCCACCCAGCACUUGAGGGGACAUAGCUGGGAGCGGUCAACUGCCAGCCCCAUUAUCCAACAUGAACCAUUUGUUGUGGUAUGGAACUUGCCCACCGCCAAGUGUCAGGAGCAUUUUGGAAUCACUCUGCCUCUGGGUGUCUAUGGCAUUGUGGAGAACAAAGGCAAUGUGUUUCAUGGCCAGAACAUGACUAUCUUUUACAAAAACAAGUUUGGACUCUAUCCUUACAUCUCCCCAGAGGGUGAAUGGAAUAAUGGGGGAAUACCUCAGAAUGUCAAUCUGAAGGAACACCUGGAGAAGGCCUCAAAAGAAAUUGCAGAACUCUUGAAUCCGGAGUUCCAAGGUCUGGCUGUGGUUGACUGGGAGGAGUGGCGGCCUCUGUGGAGACGAAACUGGGGGCCCAAGAAUGUGUACAGGAAGGCGUCUGAGCAAUGGGUGGGGGAGAGAUCCUCUGGUCUGUCCCCCACGGACCAAUCCUACUUGGCUGAGGUAGCGUUUGAACAGGCAGCUCAGGCCCUCAUGGAGACAACACUAGGAAUGGGGAAGGAGCUGAGACCAGAGGGGCACUGGGGCUUCUACCGGUUCCCUGAUUGCUUCAAUGACAAUUGGGAGAAAGAAGAAAACUACACUGGUCAUUGCAACGCCAUGGAGGUCCAGUGGAACAAUCAACUCAUGUGGCUCUGGAAGGUUUCAUCAGCCCUCUACCCCAGCAUCUACCUCCCACCAAAGCUCCCAGUAUCUUACCACCAGCUUUAUGUUCACCACCGCCUCAAAGAAGCAUUACGGGUGGCACAGUUCAGCCUGAAGCCACCCCUUCCCGUGAUAGCGUAUUCCAGAGUCUCCUAUAGACGUUCUCCAAGGUAUCUAACUGAGGCUGACCUGGCAUAUACAAUUGGAGAAAGUGCAGCACUUGGAGCCACGGGGGUUGUGCUCUGGGGUGACCUCUCUUAUUCCCAUUCACCUGCUGUUGCAAUAGAUGGGAGAAAUCCCCUUGUAAGCAAAAGCACUCAGUUUCUCUUUUUAGCCAAUGUGAUGCUAUAAUAGCACUACUUUUAGCCCUCCAUGUGACAUCAUGACCAUCUGUUGCCAAAACAAUGGACAAGGCUGGGCCCGGGAGCAUAUACAAGGUCCAAGAUUCAAUCACCAGCAUCUCCUGGAAAAGGGUUCUCACCUAUCAGGGCUGGAAAACACCUCUGUCAGAGACCUUGGUGGUGGCUCUCCAGUCAUUGGACAGCGCUGGGCUAGAUGGACCAAUAUAGUGCAGCUACAUGUGCUGUUUAAAUGCUGAAAAGUGUGUCUCCCUGUAUAUAAGUUUACUGAUCUUAGGAAUUCUUCAGUUAUUGGGAGGCUCUAGUCUGGUUGCUUAGAUGCAUCUCUGCUGGGUUUUUGUCUCUUUAAAUUUACCACAUGCUCCUUUUUACUGUCUUGGCAAUUCCAAAUAUGUUCCUAUUGGUGUCAGUAAAUUCUAACGAGAUCAUAAGAAGAGUUCUGGUAGUUCAGAUCAAGGUUCCAUGGAGUCCAUCAUCCUGUGUCAAACAUGGGCCAACCAGAUGCUUCCAGGAAACUCACAACAGGGCAUGAACAGCCCCCCGUUGUCUGCCCUUCCCUUACCAACAGAUAGUCAGAGGCACACUACCCCUGAACCUGGUAAGGUUCAAUUUAGGUGUUAUAGCUACUUCCAUUAGUUAUUAAGAACAUAAUAAGAUCAGAUCUCAACCCAUAGUGGCGUUGAUUCAAGAGAGAAGGAUUUAAGUGCUUCUUUCAAAACAAUAAACCCAACAGCCUCCCAGAAUAGAUACUAGCAUCCCAGCUCCACUAAUUCAUUUCUUUGUAAAUCAAGCCAUACUCACAUUGUUUUCCUUUCUAGCUAGUCCUCAAGUAUCUAAAGCACAAUGUUAAAGAUAAUAUAAGAAUAAUGGUAUGAUGAUUUAAUAGAUUUAAAUGAUAACCAGAAAUUAGUUUUGUUUUCUGCCACAUUUCUUCUGGAUUCUUAGGAGUAUUAGAGGCUAUCAUUAUAUGAAUUGCACAUUGCCACUAGGCAAAGUGAAAAUAAUUGAAAUUUGAAAACUUUUCAGCCAUUUGGAUUUUUAAGCCUAAUUUCUGUCCCUGAAAAGCUAAAUGAUAUAAGAAUUCAGCUGUGUUUGUUUUGGGAGUAAGCCCAACUUGAUGGUAGUACAUUAGCUUAAAAGAUCAUUUUCUGGUUGGUUAUGUCUGAAAGACUACACAAAUGUUUCCAUGUGACUGCUUAGGCUUACCUGGAUGUUGGGGCAUUGGUCAUUAACUAGAACAAUAGUGGGCUGCUGCUCGGAGAAAUCUUGUAAUUCCUCUGUCCUGGUUAUGUUUGUCUUGGGACUGGGUGUCCUCCUUUUGCCAACUGGAAUUGUUCUGAGUUCUUGUAUUGUUUCACUUUAUUUUUGAGUGUUGAAUAUCAACAGCAUCAGCAGGCAGAUGCAAAGUAUCAGAUAAAUAUUGAGCUCAACUGACUAAUACACAUUCAAAGAGCAAAGGGCGAAUUGUGAGUGAUAGAUAGGAGGCUUCAAAAUGCAUGGCAGCAGAUUUUUGGAUAUAUCUGUGAGGCAAAUGUUUGUUCACGCUUGUUUCUAUUUCAAGCAAGGAGAAAUGUUAUCUGAAGAUCAUUGUUCUGGCUCUAACUUGGUAGCAUAUAUACAAAACUACAAAGGUACAAAUAUAUAUUUGGCUCUCUGAGACUUUGUGUCUUCUCCCAUUCUCUGUCUGCCUUGUUUUUGUGCAUUCCUUGCCCACAGAAGUGUACUGGUUCAAGCACUUUACAAUGGAAUAAACAUUUGUUUUCACUGG